AUGUUCUGCCUCACUAGAGACAAGCCAAUCCGCCUCCCGGAUGACGAUGCUGACGACCUGCUUGACCAGAUCUACGCAGACUGCGAGAAGGAGAAGGGCUCUCUGCUCGCUGACCGCCCUGGGGAGGAUGAAAUGCAGCAGCGUCUCGCAGACCUACGGAAGCAAGUAACGUCAGCCGGCCUCGACUGGUACGAGGAUGAACACCAAAGCGAAGAGGUCGCCGACAGCGAGAAGCGCCGCGAGUACAUCUCCAACUUCUCCGGAUCGGCGGGCACCGCCCUCAUCCCCUCAUCCAAACUGGACGCCAAAGCUCUCCUCUUCGUCGACUCUCGCUACUGGGUACUGGCCGAGAAGGAGGUGCCCAAGAAGGGCUGGGAGGUCAAGCGUGUCGGUGCGUCCGGCGGUAGUGGACGCUCGGCAGUCGUCGGCGGAUGGGUCGACUAUGUUGCAGAGUUAGUCACCCACGUGCAGCGAACGUUGACUUCAGGUCUCGCGAACUCUGUCAACGCCCAGCUCGCUCCGGGCUCGACCACUCUCAAUGCCGUGAAGGAGAACCUCGUCGACAAGAUUCAUACGCCACCUGCUCGCUCUACUGAGCCGCUGACGGAGUACCCUACUUCUCUUUCGGGAGAGUCGACGUCUUCGAAGAUCGCUCGUAUGCGCAAGGUUCUCGCAGCUCGCGCCCGCUCCGACAGCUGGGUCUACCUGCUUCCCUCGCUGCCGACGAUUGCCUGGCUGCUGAACUAUCGUUGCGUCGGAGACAUCCCGUAUCUCCCUGUUGCCUUUGCGUACGCUGCACUCACCCAUGACGCGUGCGUCAUCUUCGUCGACAGCGAGAAGCUAGAGGAUGAGGCGUUGAAGAAGGACUGGAAGCAGGCAGGCGUUGAAACUCGUGACUAUGGCAUUGACGAGGUCGAGAAGUUCGUUCAGACCUAUGUCAAGAAGAGCGGCGAUGAUGCCAAGUCGAAGGUCCGCAUUCUGGCCAGCGAUGAGAGCAGUUGGGCGCUUAUCAAGGGCUGCAAGCCUACUCUGCCGUGCCCCAUCCAGGACGCCAAGUGUCUGAAGAAUGAGACCGAGCUCGAGAACUUCCGCAAUGCCUACCUCCGAGAUGGUCGUGCCAUGGUCCGCUGGUUCUCCUUCCUGGAGCAGAAGCUCGUCAAGGAGGAGAAGAAGAUUGGAGAGUGGACCGCCGCUGCGGUCUUGCUUCGAUACCGCCGCCAGGAGGACAUGUUUGCUGACUCUGGACCUCAGUACCUCGACGCCACCAUCGACACAACGCGCACCUGGUUCUUCGGCAAGCAGCCCGAUGAUUACAUGAAGCGUGCCUACACCCGAGUGCUGCAGGGACACAUCGCCGUCGCUACCGCGACCUUCCCUCUCGGCGCGGAUGCUGGUGGUCUGGGCACCUUCUCGCGCAAGUUCCUCUGGGACAUCGAGCCCGGCUUCUACCUCGAGGGUCGAUGGGGUAUGCGCAUUGAGUCGGUGUACAUCUGCAAGGGUGUCGAGUACGAGUACAACGGACCGAACUGGCUGUCGUUCGAGCCGGCGACGCGCGUUCCGAUCUGCACCAACCUGAUCGACUGGUCUCUGAUGACGAAGGAUGAGCAGCGCUGGGUGAACGCGCACAACACGAUGGUGCAGGAUGCGCUGCUGCCACUGCUCGAGGAUGAUCUUGACAAGGAGGCGCGCGAAUGGCUGAAGCGCGUGUGCAAGCCCAAGAUCAUCUGGCCGUGGUAA